GCGAGCGGAGCUCACUCAAUGGGAAGAAACGAUUUACUCUCCCCUGCAUGAUACUGGCAUUGCCGAGCCGGAGAGUGUUGGAAUUAUGAUCAAUCUAACUGCCAUGCACUACCAGUGAGUUCUGACCCUGCGAGUAUACGAUUAUAUUCUCGCUCAUGAAAUUUAUAGUACCGCUCGCAUGGUCCUGGGCCAUUAUGAGACACUUCUUGUGGAAAGUCAUCGUGAUAUGAUUCAAGACCACUCAACAUCGAUCCUAUUACCUUUAGCGAAGGACUUGAAAGAAUCUGUAUAUCAGAUCACGCAAAAGCUUGGUUAUUUUAGUGCAAGGAACCUAACAGAGCAUAUCCCAUUGAGUGUGUAAGUUCUGACAAAUUUUCCCUCGCCCUUGGCAAUACACCCUCAGUCCCUAGUUGCCUAUUUCAACAUCCAAAUUGAGGCUAGACUGGCGCUCACACUGGGUUUUUUUUUUUUUUUUUUUGUUUUGUUCUGUUUU